AUGAAUAAGGACGAGUUACUGCAGCACUUGGUGAACACGUUGUCUCCCGACAAUGCGUUGCGGAACUCCUCGGAGCGCAGCUUAUUGGCGGCAUUGUCUCAACAGGGUGUUUUGAUCAACUGCUUGGAACUGUCUUCGGAACAAACCCUUCCUCUACACAUCCGGUUAGUGGCAAUCACGUUUGUCAAGAACCGGAUCCGUCAUUCUUGGUUCAUCACAGACCGCUCCCCGGAGCCAUUGUUGUCACAUAGAAUUGGUUCAGAGGAGAAAUCUGGGAUCAAGUACCAACUUGUCUCCUCUCUUCUUACCAACACCGACAAUCAGACAAUUCUCAAACAGGUCACCUCCUCAAUGGAGCAUAUACUUAGAUUAGAGUCGGGAUGGGACAGAGAGCUGACAGAAUCGGCAUACAAGAUGUUGAACGAACAUUCAGACGAUUUCAAUUACGUGUACGCGAGCUUAUUGCUGGUUCAUCAGGUCUCUAAAUGCCACCGUUUCGAUGUCGCAGAUAGUCGGUCUUUCAUAAACUCGCUGGUCUCCAGGUUCUUCCCGGCAUUGGAGACGCUUCUGGAGUCGUAUAUUCCGCAGAUAACCGCAAACGCUCAAAUGGGUCAACUCAUACAUGUGAUUCUGAAAAUCUACAAAUACUGCACUUUUACCGAGAUCCCAUCCUAUUUUGAGAAUGAUUUGAAUCUGCUGAGCAAAUGGUGCGGGUACAUGUUCCAAAUCAUCGACCUGGAUACAAAGAGCCUUGCUGACUUGGACGUUUCGGAGCGUUCGUUGCAACCUUUGGUGAAGUGUCAAAAGUGGUCGUUCUACAAUUUGCACAGACUCAGAAUAAGACACUGUACCAACGAUGCUAAACCCGCUCUGAAACAGAAUUUGAUCACCCACUUCUUGCCUACUAUUUUGCAACACUACUGGACGGUGAUCGGCAAAUGGUCGCAGUCCCGUUCCGACAACUGGCUCAGCGAGGCUUGUCUUUAUCACUUAGUUUCCUUCAUUGGCGAGUGUUUGCAAUACGACGAGAUUUGGGGAUCAAUUAAAGAUCAGCUGAAUCCAAUCCUCAACCAUAUCGUUGUUCCGAUGCUUAGUGCUUCGGAGGAAACCGUGGAGCUUUUUGAGGACGACCCGCAAGAAUAUCUUAGACGGUACUACGACAUCACUCAUGAUUCCAAAACUGCAGACGUGGCUGCAAAUGAGCUGAUGUACACGUUGACCGCUAAGCGGUUUGACGAUUCACUUUACGUGGUAAUGAAUAUUCUGAACGACAUUUUCCAGAAAAGACAGCUUCACCCGACUGACGAGCAGGUGGCCUGGAGAGCUGAGGGUGGUCUCAGGAUCCUGAGCAACCUGUGGAUGAAGCUUGCAAAGCAAAACAGUCCUAUGAGAGACCAGCUAGACGAUAUCACCAAGUCGUUCAUCUUCCCUCAGUUGUGCGACUCAAAUUUCAAAUGGUUGCAAACCAGAGCUUGUGAGACUGUCGCAAUGACCAGCCAUGUUUAUAAAGACAACCAGCUGUUGAGUGAUAUAUACGAGAUGCUGCUGAAAUGUUUCAACAAAUCCAGCCCUCUGCCUCUUCAGAUCGAGGCCAUCGACUCGUUGCGGUACUUGAUUUCAUACGAGCCUGUUGCUACUGCGCUCUCUCCAAAGAUUUCUUUGAUCAUGGCCGAGUUGCUGGAGUUGAGCAACACUCUGGAGAUGGAACUGAUCAACAACAUUAUGGACGAUAUUGUUGCCAAGUUUGCAAAAGAUUUGGAGCCGUUUGCUACUCAACUGGCUGGAAACUUGAACGCCCAGUUCUUGAGACUAGCGGAGGACCUGCUCAAGCUUCAAAGCUUGAACUCGGAUAAACAGACUUCUGAGGAGACAGAGAAAGAGUACCAGGCCUCGUCUAUCUUGCACACGUUCACCACAAUGGUGACAACUAUGACAUCGCAGAAGGAGAUCACAUACCAGCUGCUCAAGACCAUAGACCCAACAGCCAGAUUUGUUCUUGAGAAUGGACUAGCAAUUUUUCUCACAGAGACAAUGGAUCUGCUUGAGUCGGUCAACUACACUCUCAAGGCCAUGAUACCCGAAUCCUGGAGUCUGUACGAGUGCGUGAUGGAUUCGUUUGAGAACUACGGAUUUGAGUACUUCGACAACUACCUGGCAUAUUUUGACACCGUUUGCACUUACGGAUUCAAAAACGCAGAUAUCAAUAGCAACUUGCACCUGCAACAGUUUUUGACUUCUGUGCUUAGACUUUUGGACACAGACGACUUUGACGGAGACGAAGGAGUGGUGGAGUUUGUGUACGAGCUACUACAAGUGGUCCUUCUGUCUGUGGGGCCAAAUAUCGAGCCUGUUUUGCCGCAGAUACUGCAACCAGUUUUGCAAACGUCGAUCAAGUUGCAAUCCAACCCAGAAGACCGUGAGGUGUUUGAGAGCACUCUCAAGCCGCUGAUGAAGGUGUUCAUCUCGGCCUGCUUUGUGCGUCCGGUUGCAACUGCACAGGCCUUCGGAGACGCGUUCAUGAAAUUCAUCGAGCUCUGGUUCAACAACAGUGACACGCUUCUCACGACCGUGUACGAUCUCAAGCUACAGAUUCUUGCACUGAUAUCUUUGCUUAGCGGGGAGGUGGGCGCUCUUUCGGGCUUCAACGACGUGAUUUUGCACCGUCUCGUUUCCGCGUUCGAGAAACUGCCUGCCGCUAUUGAAAGAAGAGUGACACUCAUGAAAAGAGACAUGGCCAUCACCAAACUGGUGGAGCUUGGCCAGUACGAUGGAGACGGCUACAGCGAGGAAGACGACAUCGAGGAACUUGACCAGUUGACCAAGGACACGCCAAUAGACGCCAUCAACGUGGUAGACGAGUUCAAGUCGUUCUUUUCCAGAGAACAAGAAAAACUCAGACGGUUCCUUCCUCCGGAAAAACAGCAGUUCAUCACUGACCUAAUCAGUAAAUAA